CUCAGGUGUUAGCUGACCCUGGGGCGGCGGCCGCGGAGGGUGGCUUGUGCGGCGGUGCCCGCGGCCCCCGGGCCGGGCUAGACUGUGCGGGAGGCGGAGUCGGUGGGCAGAUCGCGGCCCCCGAACUCAAUCUCUGCCAGCCCUAAUCUAUACUGCUUUUCUUGGCCCUGGCUUCGUGCCACGCACCUGAGUGGGCGCCUCUCGACCGUCGUAUUAUCGAUUUCUCCUUUGGACUUUGCGGCCAUUUCAGAGAUGUCUUCCAAAAGUCCCAAAGAGUUGAUGAAAGGUAAAUGGGGAUCGAAACCUGGUAACUCCAAAUCAGAAACUGCAUUAGAGAAAUUUAAGGGAGAAAUUGCAGCUUUAAAAACAUCAGUGGAUGAAAUCGCAAGUGGAAAAGGCAAAAUGACUGAUAAAGACAGACACAGACUUUUGGAGAAAAUUCGAGUUCUUGAAGCUGAGAGGGAAAAGAAUGCUCAUCACCUCACAGAGAAGGACAAAGAAAUACAGCGACUCAGAGACCAGCUAAAGGCCAGAUAUAGUACUACGGCAUUGCUUGAACAGCUGGAAGAGAAAACAAAGGAAGGUGAAAGGAGGGAGCAGUUGUUGAAGUCCUUAUCUGAAGAGACAGAUGUAUUGAAAAAACAAUUGUCUGCCACGACAGCAAAACUUGCUGAACUCGAAAGCAAAGCCAGCACACUUCGUGUAUCACAGACUGUGGCUGCAAACUGCUUCAACUCAUCAGUGAGUAAUAUUCAUGAGAUGGAAGUACAGCUAAAAGAUGCUCUGGAGAAAAAUCAGCAGUGGCUUGUGUAUGAUCAGCAGCGAGAGGCCUAUGUUAAAGGACUUUUAGCAAAGAUCUUUGAGCUGGAAAACAAAACGGAAACAGCUGCUCCUUCACUCCCACAGCAGAUAAAAAAGACUGAAUCAGAAGGUUAUCUUCAAGAAGAGAAGCAAAAAUAUUACAACCACCUCUUGGCAAAUGCCAAAAAAGAUCUUGAGGUUGAACGACAAACCAUAACUCAGUUGAGUUUUGAACUUAGUGAAUUUCGAAGAAAAUAUGAAGAAACUCAAAAAGAAGUUCAAGAUUUAAAUCAGCUGUUGUGUUCACAAAGAAAGGCAGAUCUGGAAGAUGAUAGGCAUAAAACAGAGAAAAUACAAAGACUCAAGGAAGAGAAUGAUAUUGCCAGGGAAAAGCUUGAAGAAGAGAGGAAGAGAUCUGAAGAGCUCUUAUCUCAGGUCCAGUUUCUUUACACAUCUCUGUUAAAGCAGCAAGAGGAACAAACCAGGGUAGCUCUGUUGGAACAACAGAUGCAGGCCUGUACUUUAGACUUUGAAAAUGAAAAACUUGACCGUCAAAAUAUGCAGCAUCAAUUGCAUAUAAUUCUUAAGGAACUCCGAAAAGCAAGAAAUCAAAUAACACAGUUGGAAUCCUUGAAACAUCUUCAUGAGUUUGCCCUCACAGAGCCAUUAGUCGCUUUCCAAGGAGAGACUGAAAACAGAGUAAAGGUUGCCUCACCAAAAAGUCCCUCUGCUGCACUCAACGAAAGCCUGGUGGAAUGUCCCAAGUGCAAUGUACAGUAUCCAGCAACUGAGCAUCGAGAUCUUCUCGUCCAUGUUGAGUACUGUUCAAAGUAGCAAACUAUUGUUUGUUUUUGUGCCAAAAGAUUCAAUACUGUAUCUUAUGUUGGCUUGUGGACAUUUUGAAUUAUAUAUUCCAACUCUUGCUUGCAUAUAAAAAACUGCCUCUCUACCCUUGGCACUCUGGUAUGCGAGCACAUCAUUGUAUUUUUUUGGCGACUGUAUAUCUUUCUUGGCAGUGACACCUCCUUGGAAGAUUCAUCAUUCGGUUGCAAUGACUGAAUGUGGUGAGCAGUGUGUACUGAGACUACUAACAUUUUGCACUGUUAAAGUACUUGAUAAAGAAAAGAUAGUUCAGGUUAUUGCUUGUGGGUUAAACCUGUUAUACCAGCAAGCAAAUAUUUUAUAUUUUGUGAUUUUUAAAAAAUCAAAGGUAAUUAUCCAGGGAUCUGACUACGUUGACAUUUUUAUUUUAAAUCUAAGCACCUAGUAUAAUAGCAAUUCCAAUAUCUAUGUCCAUUGUUAAAAGAUGGUAAGACUAUUUUCAAUUUUUCCUUGCUGUUACAGAACGGUUAUUAGAAAAGUUGAGAAUUUUCACAAUCUGUUGCUGCUUUCUGUUGAAAUGGUAAACCCAGCUAUAUUCUAAGCACAAAGCAAAUUCUCUGAAUAUUUUUAAGUAGCCACACACAAUGUCUUCUCUCAUAUUGUCUGGCUAUAACUUUGACUUGAAUUUCAUUAGCACAGGUUGGUUAGUUAAAAUUGUUCAAAUGAAUUUUAACAAAACCAUCUAGCCUUCUCAUUUAACUUGUAGAUAUUUUAUUUUGAUUCUUAUUUUUGGCACUCUUAAAACUGGGCAAUGUAGUUAUCAGCUGUUUGUUUCUCUGAAUAGAUUUUUAUACAUGCUUUGUGCAAACUCCAAAUUUUUUUAUUUUGUCAGAUUUUCAAUAUGCUUAACACUGGGCUAUUGUUAGCAAUAUAAAGGACAAAAGAAUAAAAUUA